UGGGGAAAGUUGGUUACAUCCACGAGGUCUUUGCUUCGGAUUUUAGGGAUACAGUUGGAAUAACGGAAUGUUUGACCGAUGAUCGCCAUGUUUUUGGAGGAUCGGUUCAAGAAAGGCCGAAUGAUGACACUGUGAGGCCGAUCUCCCUUUCUACACACCCCACUAAUCCGUCCAAAUCGAAUAAUGUCCUAUUCACAAUUCGGUUAUGCAUAUCCACCUUCUUCAACACAGGUAUUGGUGAGCAGCGGCGGACCGUGUUGCCAGCCGGCGAGUGAGGGUGGAUCUCCACCGCAGGUCUAUACAACGGAUAGCCGACUCCUCUCCCAGAUACCUCGGCUGGCAUCCUUCGGUCUCUACGGUUCUUCAUACGCUGAUCACAUCUCAUCACUGGCAGCCAACACAACCACUUUCUACUCAACACUGGGUGCUCCUUACGAUUUGAAAGAAUCACGAAACUCAUGGAAUGCAUCCUGUUACCCAUACGAUCCUAUAGCCUCCUGUACAACCUAUACAGACAGGUACGGUUCUAUGGAGAGUGUUGCAAGAAGGAAGAAUGCCACCCGAGAGACGACCAACACGUUGAAGGCCUGGCUCUACGAACACAGGAAGAACCCUUACCCUACAAAAGGAGAGAAGAUCAUGCUCGCCAUCAUCACCAAAAUGACACUCACACAGGUGUCGACGUGGUUCGCGAAUGCUAGGCGUCGCUUGAAGAAGGAGAACAAGAUGACUUGGGAACCUAGAAACAAAACAAGCGAAGAAGACGACAGCAUAUCACCCCACGAACUGAAGUCAGACGAUACAGCAGAAGAUGAGUGCAGCAACUUGAACGAUUUUUUGAAGCAAGAGCCAGAAACAUUCCACAGCAAAGAACCUUUCCCUGCCGAUUAUUCCACAUCUCCCCCCAUCCAAUCAUGUGCUCUGGAAUGUUAUCGAACUCAAAGUCUUUCAUCAGAAGAUUCCAUCACAUCAGAACAUUCUAGCCCAGUUAGGACAUCCUGCUACCCGGGAUUCCAGCAGGCCAAAAAACCUAGUGCAAAAGACGUUUCCCCUAGGUUUUCGGAAACCUUCGAUUCCAACAGCAGACCAAAAAUUUGGUCGCUUGCAAGAACUGCCACAUCCAAUAGUCCCCCAGCCAAUCGCCGGAAUCCGAUGGAUUUCUGUUUAGAAAAUGUCCACAAAGCAGAGUGUUCCGUGAACUCGACUGUGUCCUCUUUUACAGAUUUCAUGCCAGACAGUGAGUUGUGUUGCAAUAAAAAAGUGAAUCACCCGGUGAAUGAUAUAAAGUGUGCCUCAGAAAGAGGAUCGUGCAUGAUGGACAACCCCCCUUCUUACGCAAUGGACUUUCCCUGUUUAGAGUAUGACAACAAAUCAAAAGUUUACGAAGCGGAUUGUGACACAAGAACGGAAUUUUUCGAUUCGAACGGAUUCAAUAGAACACUUCAAAAGUGCUGUCAAGAGGUUCUCGAACAUUCCGCCUCGUUAAAAACGAAUGUUAAACAUAGUGAAUAAUACUUGACUUUUCUUUGGUUUCUCCUUCCAGACAUUUUUCGAUGAAUUAGACGACAAUUUAACUUGACAAAAUUUAUCUCUGCAGUUGUAAAUAAAUGAGAAAGAUUGA